AUGGGCCUUCAGUCGAAGAGGGACCAGAGGGAAUGGUGGUCGACGGACCCGUUGAUGUCCUCAUCGGUGUUCGCCAAGACGAUGACCAGGGACCGCUACGAUGCCCUGACCUCCGCGCUCCACUUCGCCGCGGAGGAUAGGCUUUGGAAGCUGCGCCCUGUGUUAGACGUCUUGGAAUCGACGUAUCGAUCCGUCUUCGUCCCGAACAAGAACGUGACCGUCGACGAGAGCUUGUGGGCCUUCAAGGGGUGUCACCACGCCAUCCAGUACAACCCGAGCAAGAGGGCUCGGAGAGGGCUGAAGGUCUACAAGCUUUGCUCGUCUGACGGUCCAGAGGCAGGGUAUACGGCGGCCUUCAAGAUCUACAUGGGGCAAGACCGCGGCGUAUUUCCAUCCAGCAAGAAGGCCAUCACCGACCUGCUGGAGAAGGCAGAUCUACUCGACAAGGGGUACCAGUUACACACCGACAACUGGUACACCUCCCCGACUCUCUUCCAUUACCUGCAGGCCCGGAAGACCAGUGCAGUUGGGACGGUACGUCUCAACCGGCGUGGCAUGCCCUCGGACCUGCAGGCGAGUCGGGGACAAAUCGAUUUCCGGUCCAGCAAGACCGGAAUCAUCUGCCCUGGCGCAGUCAUAUCCAUCGACGAAGAAGACCGUCAAAUGGUAUAA